AAGACGAUUUAUCCAACUAAUAUGAUUGUUGUGAUACGGGUUUGUCAUUUACCUUAAAGGGUGUAGAAGGUCUCUAUAGCCUAUGAUGCUACUCCGCUCAUUUAUCGAUGUGUUGUCCCCGGGCGUUUCUAGUGGUUGCCUUUCAUACGUAGAACAUAGUAUUUAAGAUGAAGGAAAAAGAUGGAAGCAAUACGGAGGAUAUCUUGGCGCAACUCAGCAACACAAGAACUUCUGAAACGGUUUUAAAAUCACUUUACCCAAAGCUUAGUGGUGUCACCCUUUCCAAUGUGCAACGGAUCCGAUUAUUGAAGCUUGUGAUACUUCAUGUUUCAAAAGAUGGCUGCUCUAUAGACUUACAGUCAAUUGCUCUUGAAUCAGGACUCUCCAUUGUUAAAGCAGAUUCAUCUACAAAUCCUGCGAGUGGUGCUAUCUUUAACUUCUUUGAAGUUUGCUGCAAGUUAGUGAAGGAUUAUGUCAUCAAACCCAGUGACCAAGCAAUUGAUGCAGUUGCCCUAGCUUUAAAAGUUCUCUCAUGUAUGAAUGCAAUGACAGCAAGUAAAAUGUUCUCCAACAAGGGAGAUGACAUAUUUCUUAGCAACCUUAUUUUAUGCUUAAAGAAAGACAAGUUAAAGCUGCCCACAUUAUCUCUGCUAGCAGUUUGUUUGUCUGAACCAACUUCCAAGACUUUUGUAAAGGAUGAAAUAUCAUUUGUUCAAGCAAUUUAUCCAUUACUUUUUAAUCUAGAAGAUUCCAACAUUAGAAGUACUGCUCUGUCAGUUAUGCUCAAAACAACAAUAAAAUCAAAGGUUCAGCCAUUCUGGAAUCAGUUAAAAGAAGACACUCAACGUGAGUACUGUAAACAUAUGGUUGAAAUGGUAAACCAAAAGUUAAAUUGGCCUGAAGUUUGGCAGUUUGUUGUGAAGAUGUUUGGAGAAGAACUUCAUUCUGGAGGACAAUUAAUAAACCAUAUGUUGGAGGUACUGGAACGCGCUUUUAAGCACUCAGACUUUGAGUGGACCCGUGUACAAGCCUUUGUGUGCUGGAAUACUCUUAUUGAUAACUUUAAAAGUGGUCUCAAGAACAAAAAGCGAAUUGAUCUAAUCAUGAUACCUCUCAAAGCUAAUAACCAUAGGAUUGAAAUUUUAGCAUCAGCUAAAUUGAACACCUACAAUCAUCUCUUUACUUCCCUUGGAAAAGAUUUAAUCACCUAUCCUGAUGUGCUGUCAAGCUUCUUUGCAUUCUGUUUUGGAUCUGAAAAAGUAACAUGUCCUCCAGUAAAGUCCUAUACUUCUUUGCAUGAGGAUUGUGUUAAUUCCAUCAGCAAAGUUUUUUCAUCCCCUUUUAUCAAAGAAGUGUUCAACAAGAUCCACAAGGAACUGAUACAGGCUGUUGGAGACUGUUUCAUGUUAGAAAAUGUAAAAUCAGAACUGUUAACAACUCUCUGGGACAGCCUCAUGAGUCUUGUGCAGCAGCAAGAAGGAACGGAUGUUGUCAAGGAACUUUUUAAUGUCGUGAAUAGUCUAGUAAAUAAAGCAGCUACUGGAGAAACAAGUGCCAACUUCAAAAUGAGACGCAGUAUUAGCCCACCGGGUAGCCCACUGGGCCCACGUCCUGUCAACAAAGAUUUGGGCAGAAGAAUUGUAUUGAUAAUAUUACAUAGCAUCGUUCACGGCAAAUCUGCACUGCCGACAAAUAUGUUUAGAAACAGUACCCUGUACAUUGGAUCUUUUGAUGUCAUGAACGGAACCCCUCCUCUGCUUUUUAUUGAGUGGCUUUUUUCCCCAGCUUUGAAGUUGGGGGCUGCCAACACUAAAGUGUACAAGCAAUUAUUAUCAAAGAUAAUAUCACUUAAGCGAGAUGAAUCCGCCCAAUUCAUGGAAUUUACCCAGCAAGUUUUGAAGAAGCUGCUUGUAAUUGAUGAAAGUUUCCCUUCAGAUAUCAAGAUUUUAUUUUACAAGUAUGCUGCUGACAAUUGGUGUACACUAGUUGAUGAAAUAGUGUUGUAUAUUCAAAACCAAGGGAGCAUUAAUCAAGGAGAUGCUGCUGAACAUGAUUUUCGAGCCUUAUAUUCUGUACUUAUGUUUCCUGUUCAAUAUCUUUCCGUAGAUUUUGAGCUUGUUAAAGUUUGCAGUCUACCUUGGAAAAAUCUCUUUUAUGAAUCCUGUCAACAAGCUGCCCUUCUUGCAACGGCUUCAAUUCAACAUCUUUGUGAAGAAAUUUGUAUUCGUUUAGUUGUUUUCAGCAAACGAAAUACGUCUCCCUUGCAACACGCUUCUAUUUUCUUCUUCUUUACUAACAUUUUGAAUGUUGUUCACGGUAGAUUUAGUUCUGUCAAGAGAGCAAAAUGGGUUCAAGAACAUAUUUCAGGUGUUGUGAAGGAACUGAAUCACCUGUCAUUUGAUGAAGAGAUGGUAUUUAGUCAGGCUGCUAUCUGUAUUGAUCAUUGUCUUCAACAUAGCUCAGUUACUAAAGAAGUUGUCAUUAAUCUUAAUCCCAUCUUGUGCUCUUUAUUGAAUGUAAAGAUAAGUACUCCUGACCGAAUUGAUGAUUUGUGCUCUGCUUUGGGCUCCCUCAAACAAGCCUCCAUCACAAUACAUCAACAUGGUGUGCACAAGGAGACUGUAAGCACCAUGUUAAAAAAUGUAAUUUUGGCUGGAAAGAAUCAUGUGAAUCAGAAGAUUAAGGCCUCUAUUACUCAGUUAAGCAAUUUUUCUGAAGAGAAAAUGUCUCCUGAAAAAGAGAAGUCUUUGUAUCUUGUGAAUGGAAGUACCUUAGCUAAUUGUGCUUCUCCCAAGUCGUUCAGCAAGAAAUUACCUACAAUUCAAAUGUCACCCUCAAAUUUGUCACCUGGCAACUCCAAGAGGAAGGUUCAAGUUAUAAGUUGUGCUCCAGAUGGAAAAUUUGUUCGCAUUGAGACACCUCCAAAGAAGAUAAUUUUAACUGAACAUCAAAAGGAGGUAAGAAGAGAAAGACGCCAAGAUAUUCCAGCUCUGUAUCAGGACCUCUCUCAAGCCUCUCAGAGUAUGACUCAAGAUGUUACUCAAGAUGUUAUUCCCCUUUCCACUUCACCCAAGAAGAGGCCAAAUGGUAUAACCUUAGAUGAAGAUGCUGUCAUGGACACAGGUGAUGUUGAUACCAAUAUCCAGGUGCUUUACUCAAAAACAAUUGACUCACCUGCGUCUUCAAAGAAGGUUAAGAUGGAAUGUGAGUCCAACUUGGAUGUUCCUAGUUUCACACCCCCUGCUGGUUUUGUUUUGCCUCUUACUACUGGUGACACUACUUCAAAAUCUGAGAGUAAAGGCAAUAGUUCUGAAAGUACUGCUACAAAAAUUGAGGAGUAUACGGGGAAAGAAAAUGAAGACAGUUCUAUUGCUUCAAAAGCAGAGAAGCUUAUGAAGAAAACAACACGAGCCAACACACGUAGCAGCACCUCUACUAAUUUGACAACACGCAGUGGUAAGAUAGUAACAAGAACCAGUUUGUCCUUGACCUCAGAGCCUGAUCUAUUGAAGAAGAAAAGAUCUGCCAGAAAGUCUUUACCAGUUCAUAGUUCUGAAGAAAUUCUUAAAAAGAACUCUGUUGAAAAUUUAGAGUCUGAUACUACUGAUACUGAAAGCAUAAGUAGUAACACUAGUGAUGCCAGUGGCUCUGGCAUAAAGUCAGCGAAGAUGCAAGGUGUUCAUAAAAGACGCUCACUGAAAAGAGAGUUGUCUCUUGAACUGUCAGCAGAUUCUGAGAAAAACGCUAACGGUCCCAAGAACACAGCAGUUACAGCUGAUGAGAAAAAAGAAAAGAAUGGGAAAGUAAGCCCUCUUGAAAAGUCUAAGAAGAACAGCCAGGAUUUGUCACAGAAAAAGGUUGGGGGUAAGGUGUUAACUAGGAGUCGCUCUAACUCUAGUUUGGAUGACCUUGUCAAUACUAGUUCUGUCAAACUUGUGAAAGAAGACGUUAGCACUGACUCCUCGAUCAGGCCAAUGAGUCCCAUUGUUGAAUCUAAUCUUAUGUUGGAAAGAUCACAAGAUGAAAGUUGCCGGUUUCCGAAACAUAAUGGAGUUGAUUUAGUUGCUCAACAAAAUGACGUCAUACCAGAAGAUGAAACUUCAGCUGGUGCCAGUCGAAUUACUAGAAAAGUUGUUAAAUCUUGUGCUUCUCCUGUUCCAAAUUUAUCUGCUAAAUCUAUCAGUCCUCAAAUCUCAAAACCAGUCAUCAUUAAAAACGAAAAGGUUUCAGAUACAAGCAAUGGAACUGUUAACAAACAGAAAGACUCACCUAAACUUUGUGAGACAAUCAAGCAAUCUGAUGUUAUAGAAGUAGGAGCUGACUGUACCUUAGAGGAACAUGGUGUUUUAGAUAGCAGUUCACAAGAAUCACAAGAAAUAAUAGAAAGUUCACAAGAACCUAUGAGCAAGAUGAAACAAUGUGUUGUUAGUCUUGAGCUGUUCCGAUGUGCUGAACCAAAUGAGAAAAGGGAAUUGGAGGACGUGAUUGUGAAGAGUGGUCCUGAUUCAUGUAGUCCUUUUAAAGUUCUUCCCAAAAGUGUGGAUGAGAUAUCUCCAACAACUCAGAAACUUGUAUGUCGGUCACUUAACAUGGAUGGUGAUAUGGAUGACUCUGUCCCAUUAUCAGCUUUGAAAAUGAAAACUUCGACCGUAGCAGAAAACACAGUCAUGUCACCUGAAAAAGAUUUGAAAAGUACGCUGUCAAGUUCCCAUGAAACGUCAGAGCCUCAUGUUUCGCCAAAGAAGGCUUCAGUCAGUGGUGCUAUAGUAAAAGGCUCUCCCAAAAAAGCCUAUCAGUCAGAGAAUGAAAAGAACCAAGAGUCUGCUUCAGUUGCUGAGUCACUUCCACCAUCAUGGAACAGUUCUAUGCCUGAAUGGAUGCAUGAGAAAAAGAGUUCACCCUCUAGUAAGACUCUGAGGAUUGUUCGUACACCUACUUCAAGAAGUCAAGCUUUCUUGAAGUCUGUCUCCCCUCCUAAGCCAACUGAUAUGUCACCAAUCUCUUCUCCUGUUCAACCAAAAAGGAUUCAAAAGACGGAAUUGCAAAGCAAUACCACUCCCAUUAUUAAUAGAUCUAGUCGUGCUGCACAAUUGUUGGGAUUGGGACAAGCCGCUGCUGCGAGAGGUGGCGAAACUGUGGUUUCAAAUGGCAACAGAUCCAAUCGAUCUGAGGCAGAAGAGAACGAAGUGAUUGUUUCUGCUUCAACUUCUACAUCCUCCGGUACCUGUGUUGUUUCAAACACAAUGGCCACCAGUGUGGUCAAUGCCUCUGUAACCACUGUCUCUGUUGUGGCUUCUCCAUCAGUUAGAAGACAAGGAAGGCUACUAGAAAUGGCUACCCCUCAAAAAAGUUUAGAGGAUGAAGGGCUGAAGAAAGAUUGGAUUCGCAAAACACCAUGUGCUACUGCAACUCCAGACACAAGUAUCUUGAAAAGGAAAAGAGAAGUAGAUUCUGAUGCACCAUCUCCUAGUUUAAAGAGGAAAAGAGUUAGCUUUAGAGACCCUCCAUUAUCAAGUUUACUCAGAUUUAAUGAAACUGCUGAAACUCCAGGAACAGUAUUCAGCUCCGACCCAUCUGACAAUUUGGAUAUGGCAGCUGAGAUCUUGCCAAUAGACCAAGAUCAGGAGAUCUCUAAAACUGUUGUGGAGAUUGAGGCUGAAGUUCAAUCCACUCAGAAAGCUACAGACACAUGUUCUGCGACAAAUGAAAGUUCAUCUUCAACUAAUCUAGAUAUACCGAUUGAAGCUACUAUUCCAAGCGGCAUUGGCUCAAAGAAGAGAAAGGCUUCAGGAAAUGACGAGUGUAAUGACAAUCUGAAAGACAGACCGGUGAUCAGUACUAGGGUCAGUAGUAGUGAUAAUGGGACUCACAUGCUGAGAUCUGCAAGUCCUGACAAACGAGAUCAUGAUAAUCAAAGAAAUUCCAAAAAAAGCAGUAAAUCAGUCUCUGCACCGAGAGAAAAUUUCCAAACCCCUGAAAUUGAAAAUGAAGAAAGUUCUGAUUCAGAUGAAAUGGAAGUAGACGAAGAUGCACAAAACCAAGGUGAAUGUCUUGAGACUAAUAGCGAACAAUUGGAAGCUGGAACUGAAGGCAUGCUAGAUGAUCUUCCUCAUUUACCAUCAGGCUUGUCACCGGUCUACCAAAAUCUUUUGGAUUGCACUCACCCAGUUGAGUGUAUUUCGUCAAAAUUGACGACUCCAGUCUGGAAGAAAUCACUUCUGCGGGAGUUUUCAGAGCAAGGCAUCCACACUGUUGGUGACCUAGCCAAAUUGACGCAAGAAAGGCUUGAUCGCCUUUCUGUUAAACCUCCUAAAAGAACAAACGUCUGCAGUGUUCUUGAGGACUUUGAAAAACGCCAUGCCCACUCCGGUUCUCAUUUAAUUUGUGGGAGUUCCAAAGAUGUUAUUACACCUUUUGAUCAACCAGGACACAGCUUAAAGGAUGCACUUGCCACUGCAUCGGAUGAAGAGAUUAUAACAAAACUAACUGAAUUAGGGAGGAUGCCCAAAUUUUGUCCUUUAGUAAUAAAAGCAUCUGAGCCUCAUGAUGUUGCUGAAAACAUAGCUAAAAUAAAAAAUGUUCUGCAAGCUCUUCCUGUAGAUACAGUUGCUGAAAUGUAUUUAUCUCAAGUUGGUAAAAGCAGUGGAAGAGUAGAGAAGAAUGUAUCGGUGGAGGGGCUUGCUUUGAUUUUAAGUCGAGUUCAAGCUGGAGUUUUGCAAGAUACCAUAUUUCCUGCUGUGCCGUCUAUUUUAUCAUCUGUUCAUUCUGACGCAAUGCGAAAUUACGUCUUACGAGAGUUUUCUCCUUCAGAAAUUGUGCAGCAAAUGGACAAUGAUAAGAUGUACCAGUUGUUGGAUGCUAUUUCUGCCAGGCUAGGUACUGGAGAGUUUGCCUCUAAGGUACUUUCAAAACUGAAUGAAAAGGAAAUUGCUCAGCAUUUAGAUGAGUCUCAUAUUGAAAGGACAGUAAAGGCACUCCUUUCCAAACUUGACUUCAGACAAAGCUUAAAGUUUCUCUUUGAUCAUGGACAGGAUAUUCUUAAAGAGCCUAAUAAUAAAUAAAUGAGGCAUGUACAUGAUUUUAAGUGACUAGGUGAUAAGAAGUUCCUAAAGUCUGUUUUUUAUACUAUGACAUCUUUAUUGUACGUACUCACUAUUAUGAAUGACAUUAGUUAUGUUCAAUGUGACUGAAUUACAAUAUUAGAAAUCAUUAGAAAUCUCUGCCGACGUCAUCUGUACUCCUAUACAGUAUUCCAGUAGUUUUUUUCUUUUAUUGUUUUGUUUUUAGGCUGGGUGUCUGCAUGUCACACUGUAGUUAUUAAGUUAUUUAAAUAGACUGCCUUGUGGGUUUUCAAUUUUCAGUGCCUUUAUGUUCACUGAAAGAAACUCCUGACAUGAAUCACUGUCAGACUUCCUAUUUCAUAGUGUUUCCAAUUUUAACUGCCAAGAUGAAAUUGAAUUAAAUUCUGUGAUAUUUAUCCCCCGUGUUUUUUCUUCUGUGUAGCAGUUUUAAAAAUUAAAUCGUUAUAGCAGUAAAAUGACUAAGAUAAAGUGUUUUACCAUUUUAAGUCUAAUCAAUUACCUGCUGUAUACUUGAAUAUUGGAUUGUCCUUACUUCACAUUGUAGUGGUGAAUAAUAAAAAUGAAUGAAUGAGCUUAAAA